ACCUAGUAUCUUGUCCUCUGUUGUUACAGUUAAAAGUGACCCCCAUAAUGAAACGAGUGCUUACUCGCGAUAGAGGACUUCUUUAGUCGGUGAAGCAGUAGUGUUUAAUUCCCAGCCGUCGCGAGUAAAUUUGUACAGUUAUUGUUUUAGUGAGAUCUAUAGGGAAGCCUGUGUGAAGCGUUUCAUCUUCUUCUUCAUCUUCAUCUUUAGCAUUGUAUUGCUAGCCGCUAGCCAUAAACGACAACAGCGAUAGCAUCGCGCUGUAAUCGGAUGACUGCGAGCAUCGCGUUUCGCAGCUCUUUGCGAAUAAACACGUUUGUAGACGAGGGAACUCGAGCUGAACUGUUUUUAUGAGAGUCAGGUGCUGACUGCCAGGUGAAUUAUGUCCACGUUGUCUUUGGAUAAAGAGCUGCAAGAGCGCUUAAGAGAGGCGAGUGCUAUUGGGGACCUGGAUGAAGUGCGGUCUCUGGUCGAGAGCGGCGUGAACGUCAACUCCCAAAAUGAAAUCAACGGAUGGACAUGCUUACACUGGGCAUGUAAAAGAAACCAAAAACACAUAGUGACAUUUCUUCUGAGUUCUGGAGCCGACAAAGAAAUUCUCACUGCGAAAGAGGAGCUGGCCGUUCAGUUGACCUCCAAACCCGAGAUCAAAAGACUGCUCGGAGUGGAAGAAGAGGAGAAAGAGCCUGAAGUAAAGGAAGCAGAGCUGGCGAUUAUUCCAAAUUACCUGACUAACCCACCCUUCCUCUUUUCCAAGAUGGAUAAAAGUGACCUGAGUGUAGCACGACAUGUUUCUCAGAAUGGCACCAGUGACCAUUUGGAGGAUGUUGUCUCUGAGCCGGCAACAUUAUCCCCCGUACAGGAAGAAGACCAACAACAACAGCAGCAGCAGCGCCUGUACACGGAUGGCCAAAGUCAGUCGGCGUUGUCUUAUGUCUCUAUGGUAGAGCCAAGCAGCAUAGUUCCAAACCAGGUGACUAAUGGGUCCAUGUCCAUGGAUGUCUCCCCAGAGGUGCAUCACAGCAACCAUAAUGAGUACACUCACAAUCACAGCAUUGCUCAGAACAGCCCUGUCUGUCCCACGCUUCCUUCAGCAAGCACAGGCUCUAACCCCUCAAUCACCCGACAACAGUCUCUCCCCCAUCAGCUGAACGGAUCUCAGCCAGGGGGCUCUAUGCCUGCCUUCCAGCCCUUCUUCUUCACCAGCACCUUCCCUGUAAACGUGCGGGAACUGGUUCUGAAGGUGCGAAUCCAGAACCCACAUGCCAGGGAAAAUGAUUUCAUUGAAGUGGAGCUGGACAGACAGGAGUUGACCUAUCGAUCUCUGCUACGGGUCUGCUGCCGUGAGCUGGAUAUUAGUGCUGAACAUGUGGAGAAAAUACGCAAGCUCCCAAACACUAUGCUCAGAAAGGACAAAGAUGUAGCUCGGCUUCAGGACUUCCAGGAACUGGAGGUGGUACUGGAGAAAGCAGAGAGUUUGUCUUUGUUUUCUGGCCCUGGAGGGCUGAAUGACAGGCCUUGCUACAACAUGAAGGCCUCGAGGCUCACCUACUAACUUCUGCCUUCAGCAUUAGGUGGACUGGUUCACUGCCUCAUCGGGGACUGUAGAUCAAAAUGCCUAAUUCAUACCUAGGUUCUUUACUUUGUCAUUCUGAAAAUCAGAUCAAAUGCCAUUUUUUUCCAUUUUCAACCUCAUUUUUAUUUAACGUUAACCAUAUGCCUUUUUUCCCCAGAAAUAUAUAGUUUACCCAUGCACAGUCCGCACAUCCAUCCCAAGAAGACAUGAGGCCUUUCUCCUUUACUGUAAUUAAUGCUUAUUUAAUUAAUUAAUUAAUGCUUGGUUUUGCCACAAGUCUUUUGUUUUAAACAUCUUUCAUAGUCAUUAGGUUAUCUUUUUAACAGCCACUGAAUUAUUAUAAUUUUAAUUUUUUUGCACGGCUUUGGGACAUAUAUCCAAGUCGGUCACCUCCCAUGAUGCUGGCCUAUGUGAAGUUCUCAGAUUUGCCUCGCUGCUGUGUUUUGCUUAUGAGGCCACUGUGUGGUUUUGAGCACAGCUCACAGGGACAGUUUGACCUGUACCAGCACUUCUUAUUGUCAGUUACUUUUCCUAAUACAGGCUGGUUUUAAUUUGCACUGGCAGAACACAGCAGAUAUUAGUUGAUUGCUAACAUCCCCUUUAAAGUGUGCUCCACUUUUGAAAGCUAUUGUAGUUUGAUGUACUAAAAUACAGCAGCUUCAGAAACAACAAAAGAGGGGUGUGUUUCAUGUUCUGUGUACGUGUGUCUGCCAGAGAAUCCCCCAUGCACUAAAAAAAUUACAACAAAUAGUACGUACCUAAAGAAACGCAUGGGGCCUUUCUAUUCUAUAGAUUUUGAAUACAUCAGUGGUGUGUUUUUGGUGCCCUUCAUCGCUGCUCCUAGUCACUGCAAACCAAAAAGUCGUAAAACUGAAAAGCUAUCCUCACAAUCUUGUAUCAAGGCCUAAUAAUUAUUUUUCAUUCUGCACUGAAUAAUGUAGCAAAGAUUGCUGUUUUAUUUAAAUCUUAAUUUUAAAGGAACGUUUCAAGAACAGGGUUUAAUGAACACGAGCUUCCACAAACUCUUUGUUCUUGUAAGUUUAAUAGUAUAAUAGGAAGGACAAAGCUACUAAAAUGGAUUAUUGUUCUCUGGACCUUACAGCACAUAUUUUAUAUAUAGGAAGCAGGAUUUAUAUCUGAUGACUCACUGGUCUAUUUAGAAGUACCGUUUGACGCAAGGAAAUUCUCUGCAGGUCGUAUUGCGCUCCACGUUCAUGAGAUGAAAACUUUGUCAUUUUUGCCUAAAUUUCGAAUAUAAUGUAUAUGGGCCAGAAGACACUUUGUACAUGCAGACCAGGUAAUGUGCUCCUGCCCGUAAAUUGUUUUCAUAUAAUUUUUGGUUCUGAAGAUAGUAUGGAAGAAUGUGUGUAGGACAUUUCCAUGUGCAAUGUUUUUUUUUGUUUUAAAUAAUUGGAAACUUUUUUUUUCUUUUCUUUUCAAAUAGUUUAACAAUGUCCUAAUAUCAAAGCUCUAUAGAAAAAUGCAGAAACUGUUCACUUUUAACUUUAAUCCCUCUGCAUAUUGUAUUAUAUACUUUUUUUAAUAUAUAUAUUAUUUUAUAAAUAUGACUGUAGAAAGGAGGAUCCAUAGCACACUACAGCUUGAAUGGAGCCAUUUGUCUGUCUGUGUGUGCCUGUCUGUCUCUCUGUGUAUCAGUUGUGUUCUGUAUGCUCAUGAAAAUGCUGACUAUUCACAAGGUGGUGGAAGUGUGGUUGAGAAAGCUGCACAGUUUCUGACUGAUGUAAUGCAUACAAAUCUUCUGUCAGGAAACUCUAUGUACUAACCGGUCAUGUUGGGGAUGAAGAAUACAGUUUGACUUAACCUAUGCA